AAUAUUCUGGACAAGGGCAGCGAAUUGGAGUCGGGGGACAGUACUCGAUAGGAAAAAAAAUCACAUAUUUAGCAGAUGCGGACAUUGUUUCAAAACAAAGCCGCUGAGAGAGGACGACAUCGGCAGCAGUAUACAAAUAAAUACUGAUGAAGUUACCUGGAAUAACCUCUUGUGGAAUCUUCAAUGGAACUCCCCCUUCAGAUCCUGCAUGACACACUCAUAAAGAAGAAAACAUCAUGUACCAGCCUCCACUGGAUGGGAGGGGAUGCUGGGAAUGUUUAUACAAUUGGAACAAGCCAUGUGGAAAAAAUCCAGCUCACCUCAGGGAAUUCCUCAAAGGUGUCCAAGCUGAGUAGCAUCUUGAAGGAGGUUGUGGCUAUAAACAGCAACUAUGAUGGGUCAAAUAUAUAUGGAAUAGUGUCGUCCGGAGAUCUCUUUUUCUGGGACCUGCAUGACAAUAGCUUGAAACAUGCAUCAGGAAUUCCCGAGCUUGUCACACACCUUCCCAAUGUGGGUGCAGAACACCAUGGUAAAGGAAGUGAAGGACGUCUGCAUGCUUUUUACACAGCUUUCAGACAUUUUCAACAGCAAAGCACAGAAACAAAUGAAGAAGAAAAUGAUGAGCUCCAGUCACAUUUUAAGCCAAAAAUCUUUGCUUCUGAUGACUGCUCUACUGUUAUUGUUGUUUUGGGAGCUGUGCAGGUAUAUGUUUGGGAAAAGGAGGGAAUGUCUAAUACAAGAGAGAAAGAUAUCAUCCUGUGUGGGAAUUGGUCUGUCGUUGCCUGCCCUAGCAGUACCCCAAUGCCCAGUUUGCAAUCAAAAGAAACACAGAUUUCAGUUUGCUUUUCGUCUGAAGAGCCUUUCAGAAAAUCAUGUCAUGUCACAUUUAUCUUCCUCGAUGGAGCUGUCUUCAUUGCCACAACACUCACCCUGCAGUGGGGAAAAACCGCAACACCAAACACCCCAACCAGUGCUAGUGUCGCCCUUUGGAACACCUUCUCAGUGUCACUUGGGAAAAUGGGAAUGGAAGAGGAAAUUAUACAAAGAGAUGGGCUACUAGUUUCCAGAUAUGCACAUAGCCAGAGCUUAAUGUGCACAGCUGUUAAUUCAUCAAAAUUUCCAAUUUCAAAGCUGGUGUAUCUCAAUCCACUUUGUAAUACAGCAUUGGUGGUUCCUAUAGGAAGAAUUAAGGGACAUUUAAACUCUGCAACAAGAUCACACUGGGUGAGUGACCUUGCCUGGUCACGGGACAACACAUAUCUUGCUGGCUGCUUGAGGUCAGGCUGCAUCUUCCUGGCAACACGGAUGGGGGCUCUGCUAACAAUCUCCUGCCCAGAGCUCCCAAUGCAGCUCCAUCCUUCAGAGUUUCUACCAGUGCAUCCCAGUGGCACAUCCAGCCAGAAGGAACAGGAGAGCAGUGGUAAUGUGGAGGCAGAAGAACUUCCCAACUUGAGCUUCCAUGUUUCUUUUCACCCCAAGAAAGACCAGCUUCUUUUGUUGUCCUCUGUCCGAGCUUCAGUAUUUGUGCUACCAGAUAAUGGAAAAAGAGAUGCAGAUGUUGUAGAUAAGCUGUUGGUGUCUGCCAACCAUGCCCUUUACAUACUCGGCAAUUCAGCUCUCACGCAUGAUUAUGCCUACAUUCACUGCAGCACUUGGAGACUGGCAAGAUCUGUAGCUGACUUAACUCAAAAUGAGUCUGAACUGGCAAAUCCUAGCAAAUAUGAGGUAAAAUUAUGGGAAGCUGAGAAUCUGCCAUUUAGAGAAGGAGAAAUGCAAGAGACAGUGUCCUACACAGAAGGAGAGCAAUUGAUCAGAAGCGUUGUGGAUCCUCUGCUUGCUGCCUGGACUAUCACACUGACUCAUAGAAAGCCCCAGUUGCAAGAAUGGCAAAAAAGAGCUAGGAAUGUUGCUGGCCUCGUGGUUAAACUAGUCAGGAAUUUGAUGCAGGCUUCAGCCAACGAUGAUCAGAGCGAACACCAGGCACAGAUUCUUCAGAUGUUGCAGUUGUUUCAUAGCUUUAUCAGGGUGCUUGAACUGUGGCCGAGCUCUCUCCACAUGCUGAAGCCAUCUUUGUGGUUGACACAUCACAUCUUGCAUACGUUACUCAGGUGUGAAAAGCAUGCUGGGGAAGGCAGCAUGGUAGACACUCUUCUCAUAUUGUCACAGACCCUGUUGUCUGUUGAGGACACACUGUCUCAGGCAUAUGCAUUUAAACCCAUUUUAGCUUAUACCAAAGACCCUCUCUAUGGUGUUUUAGAGCCAGCAGCAGAUGUGGAAGUGACAAACUUGAAAGCAAUCACAGCCUGUGCUGAUGAAAAGAGUUCAGGUAGAGGUUCCUCGUCAGUCAUAUUUAGAAUGAGAAACCUUUGGCUUUGCAUGCAUAUGAGUGCAAGAAAAUUGUAUAUUAGAAUACAGGAACAAAAGUACAACGAGAAGAUCUAUCGGAAGGCAGUUCUCAUUUUGAGCAUAGUGCAGAGUAGUUUAGCUAAGUACAGCAACAGUUUCCACUCUAAAAGGAGUGGUUAUUCUGGUGGCCAUAAGUUAUACUUGAAUGGGAUAAUCUGCAGUGCUAUUGAAGAAUGGAAGACAGAUAUUAUAGCAACAGUUUUUUGGAAAGGAAAUAAGAAGAAUAUGGGUAAAAGACUUCAUUCCAUUCUCUAUGCUUUGUUGUUGAGUUACAGUUUUUCAAGCAUUUCAUCUUUCUUACUGUGGAUUCUUGGCAUUCUGAAAACACAAUGCUUCACACAACCUAGUCAUAAAGUACACAAAUUAUCAUCCACCCCCAAACCAAAGAGAAAACAAGAUAAAGAUUUACCAAAGAUGAAUGACCUUGAUAUAUCAGAAAUUGUUACGAGUGACAGUAAAAGAGAAAGCAAAUUGAUGCAGGAGACAUUAACACAAACGCAAGAUACUCAAAAGGAGGAAAAAGAUCUGAGAAUCGUGGCUGGCUCAAACUGGGGAAAUGAUAGAAGAAAUGUUGGAAAUGCCAAGGACAUGGAUUCAAAAAAGUUACACAUGCAUGAACAGUCAAGAGCCUGUCACAGGAGGCAGAUAGAGUUCAUUUUGGCUGUCCGUAAAUUGCUUGGGAGUUUGGGUAGGGUCAUGAUGGCAGCAGUUCUGCAGCAAGAUGUCUGCAUUCCUUCACCAAACAACCCUCAUAUAGUGCGUGCCAGCUGGAUGUCUGUGGAGGAGCCCAAAGGUAAGAGGGCAGGUGAAGUGAUUACGUGGAAAGAAACAAAACGAGCCAUUCAAGAAGCCCAGUGGUCAUCCCGAACAGCAGCUCAGGCUCUGGCAAUAGCUGGCUACUGGGUAGAUGUAACAGUGCUUGCUCAGGAACUGGGAGACAUGAGGACCGCCCUGGUGGCCAGCCUCGUGGCCACAUCUCUUGGCAGAAGAAAAAGCAAGGAGGUGAAGUGUGUGCCAGAGCCCCUGCAUCCUGCCUCCCUCAUAAAGUCCUGCAUCCUCAUAGCUGGGCCCCAGCAGGAGAUCCAGCCAGCUGUGUUCAACAGUUUAAGUGAACUCUUCCUGUUAGCGGCCAUAACGAAAGUCGAGAUUUUGCCGGACGUAAUGCAGCUCUGUUUAGCUAGGAUGAGGGAAGCGGUGAAUUCUCUUGAGUUCAAAGUCCAGUCUGAAGUGUAUCUUCCAGCUCCCCCUGUGUUUUGUCCUCAGUUCCUGAUGGACGAAGCAACCACGAAGCUGCCACAAGCAAGCUCAGAUGAACAUGCUCUGAGGCGGGAAAUAGCUGGAUGGGUGCACCUCUUUUCUUCUGUGGUGAGUGCAUCAGGCAUUGCUCAUCCCUUGCUGCGUGAGAUCUGUGCACAUGAGCCGAUUGCAGAGAGUGAAAUUCCACACCAUCAAGAUCUUCUAAGCCUGACAGACAUGUUGGGUCCUGUUGAGUGUUGCGUGGAUGCAGCAGACACCGCUGGAUGGCCAAGCAUCUCUCAAUCAUGGCUGGAAUUUCUGAGAUGUCUUUGGAUGCUUCAAGUAAGAGACAAGUUGUGGCUCUCCCUCCGCAGCUGUUCGAAGGAAGCCUUUGUGAAGAACAAGAAAAGGAGUGUUCGUGAAAAGGCAGUUGUGGAAAUUCUUUUUUGGUGUGAGAAGCUGUAUAAAUUGAGUGAGUCCAGUUCAUGGAAGGAAGACAUUGUUGCCACAGGACUGACCGCAGCAGGAAGUGUGUUGCCUUCACCAUCAGUGGCACAAGCCUUAGCUAGGCUGAUCUUACAUCCUUCAAAAUUACCUUCUUUAUUAAAAGAUAGAGCAAGCAGACUCUUUGACCUGUGGAAGAAGACAGAGAUCAGUAUGGUAGAUUUAACUGAAAAGGAAAGGAAAACAAAUAAGAAGUUAUUUACAGAUGAGAGAACAUCCAUGCUCUAUACCCUGUUUGAAAAUGCAUGUUCAGAAGCUCUGGCUAAAAGUGAGGAUUUUGAUUUGCAGGGUUCAGUCACUCCACAGGAUACCUUGACAAUUCUCCUUGAGUCCCCAAAUGAUGAAUUCAGGAAAAUGUUGACCCUUUAUGCCAACAUGACUUUCAGAAAAGAUGCUGAAAAUUUUCCUCAGCACAUUACCCAAAUUCCAAAAUUUCCAGAAUUUGGAGAACUGAUAAAGAAGAGAGAACUCCAGGCUGUGAAUCUUAGGAAAUUUCUAGCUGGGAGAGAAUUUGUUGAAGGAAAUCAGAAUUGCACAGUUUUUGAAGCUCUGGAUAAAUCAGCUACGAGGGAUUUCAAGGAGAGAAAGGGAUUCUUUAGAAAUUUAGGCAUGUGGCAAAAAGACACAGGCUCAAGCUUAAUGCUAAAAGCAAAGGCUGAUACACAAGAUUUGUUUAGAACUUGCACUCCUUCACAAGACCAAAGUAAAUCAACCAGGAGCCGCUAUGAUUCUUUCUCUAGAAAGGUAGUGGGAAGUGCAUCCCCUCAGAAAGCACAUAGGAAAUCUCAAUCAAGGCAGAACAGAUCACAAAGAAGUAGACACAAUUCAUUAUCUUUGCAUAAGAAGAGACAGAAUAUUUCUUGCAUCAAGAGAAGUCAUUCACUAAGUACUCUUGAAAGAAAGGAUAGAAAUACCAACAGUUUUGGAUUUUCCCAAGAAAGUUUAACCAGAGAAGUUCCUUUGAGUCUUUUUUUGAGGCUCAAUAAUCACUUGCUCCUUAAUAUUCAGGAUAAGGGAUUUCAUGAUGCAGUUUGUUUAAUGCAGUGGAUACUGAGCAGGGAAAGGAAGUUCUGUCUUUCAAGUGCAAUUCCCAAGGAUGGAGAAGACUCCAUCUUCAAGAAAGUUGAUCUUAGUCUACAAGACAUCAUACUUGCAUUUUCUUGGGAUUUCAUUGCAGAAAGUAAAUCACUUCCAGUUACAACCCAAAACUCCAUGACAAAGAAACAUGGGAAAAUGAAAGUGAAGAAGUCAGCAUCAGUUGGUGAACUGACCUAUGAUAAAUCCAACAUACUGCCUGCACAGACUUUAGCUGAAAAUCUGUAUAAUGGUCAUACAGUGAAUUCAGAGAAUAAUGUUGAAAAUGUGAGAAAAAAAUCUAUAGUAGUUCCAACAUCAACCACAGAAGAAAAAGAAAAAAACAAAGAAGGAAGAGAUGUGUUAGAUGCAAGAGGUUUAAGUACAGACACUGCAGAAAAAAUAGAGGAUGAAACUCCAGCCAUCAGAGUGAACAAAACAUCAGAGGAAGACAAUCUGAGCAAAGAUAACAAGGCAGAACUCCAAAUGAAUGAGGAUGAAAUGGCUAAAAGGGAGGAAGAGGACAUUCCAGAUGACAAUCAGUGCCCGGAAGCAGCAAGUGUCCAGGAUGACAACUGUGCAUUGCAGACUGUAGUUAGUCCAUCUUUUGGUGCUACUGCUGAACCAGUGGAAAGUAAAGUUAAGAAACUUGAAACCAGUGAAAUAAUGGAUUCAUCAAAGGAAAUACAUUUAAACAAUGAAGUGCAAAAUAAUAAAUCAGACUUAGGUCAUAAGGAAGACCUUAAAGCAGUUGAUUUAACAAAUCCAAAUUUUUCAGUCUCAUGUUUAGCAGACCGUAACUUUGUGGAUGUUUCAACACAAUAUUCAAUCCCUCUUUCUGAUAAUUCGUGGAAACCUUUUAGGCCAAAAUCUAGAAUGUCCAAAAAGCCACCAACCCCUAGACUAGUUAUUGAGGCUAAAGGACAGGGGGCUGUGAUGAAGCAACAGGAAACCACUGCAGCUGUAUGCAAGAAGAAGAGCCUCACACCAGUUGAAACUCCUUCUGAGAUCUUGGAUACUCCUUUUUGUGGUCCCCCAAAGAUUCUGCGAAUGAACACUCGUCAAGAUAGUAGAGUGCUAAGCUUAUCUGAUCUUGAUAGUGAUGAUGAUGUGGAUAAUACUUGUCUUUCUAAUUCCAUGGGUUUCCCGAAUGACAAUACUCUGGAUGAUGUUACUCUGCCAGAAUCCCUUCAUGUUUCAGAGUUGGAGGAAGAUAUCCAGUAUGCAUCCAGUUGUGAGAAGGGAGAUGAAGUAGGAAGGUUUAAAAGCCAUGCAAUGCAAAAUGGAAGCAGGAAAAUGAACACAACUGUAACAAUUAAUCGCCCAGCUAGACUAAGUCUAAAUCAUUCUAAAUAUGUAGAUAACAGAGCAGCCCCUAUUCAUGUUAAACCUAUCCAUACAGAGGUUAAAAGCAGCAAGCAGAAUAUGACUAGCAGAGAAGUUGCUAUUGUUCCAAAACAAAAAGACAGUGACAGCCAGGCCUUCAAGCUACUGACACUACCAGUGUCAGUUCCCACUGAAUUCAGUGAAGCAACCUCAAAAAAAUACAAGCCAUUGAAGCUAAAGACAAUACCAUAUCAGUUUCUCCAAAAAAAACAUUUGCCAGAAAACAAAAAACCUAUGAUUAAAUCAAUCAAGCAAAAGUCAGAAGAUGCUGGUAGUCAUAUGAAAGGAACAAAGAUGCUGAAAUUUAAUAAGGAACCUCCAAGCAAUGUGUUUAAAGAUCAGAUGACUUUACUAACUGUGCCUUUAUAUACCCCAUGUCUGAAAUCUGCUCAGGAGAAGUCGCUGAAACUUUUGGAUCCUCAGCAUGUUUUCACAUUUGCUGACAGAAAUGUAAAAGACAAAAAACUUGCAAAAUUUAAGAUACUUCAUAAUAAGAAUUCAGUAGAAAACCCAGUGAUAAAUAGAGCAAUUAAAAUCAAAAGCUUUGGUUUUCUAGAUCCACAUGCUGGAAGCAACAUAGAAGUAGCUAAUGACACACGUACUGAAAUAAACAAAGAAAAGUGCAGCAAAGCCAGUGAUGAUAAAGCUUUUAAUGGGAAAAUAUCAGCGUCCCCUGUUAGCUAUGAACCAGAGAAGCCUAGGCUUUUAACAGUUACCAAAGAAUAUGAGAUGAGACAAGAUGCCAUGCUUCCUUUUCCCAUAUCACAAAGAGUGGAUAAAGCAUGCCAGCACAGUACCCCUCAGUCAAAUGUAAACAGUAUAGAAACUCAGACUGUAGAAAAUUCACAAAAUGUUAAAGCUGAUAUCACAACGGAUACAGCCCCGUUAUGUACUGAUACUGAACAGACUACUACAAUGACAGUUAAUAAUCAGGGAAAAGGUGAUCGUAAUGUACUUCCACAAAAAAGCACUGAUACUUCUAGAACUAUUUUACUUCAGGAAAGGUUAGAUGAAGUUGCCAAAUUGCCUGAAGUUGAGCAUGAAAAUGAAGCCAGUAAAAGUGAUUGCCAUAUCUCAACAACAGAGAGUCAGAAAGAAACAGCGCUUGUAGAAACAAAGACACAGAAGGAUGCAGCAGUUGGAGUGAAGGAUUCUGACCUAGAAACAAAAGCAACUGAAAUUUCCUUCCCUUUACCAAGCUGCAGAAAGAAUAUGCAAACUCAGACAGACCAUGCUGCAGCAAUGGCACUUCACCAAUCAGAGGGUUACUGUGUGCCCCCUCAUGUACCUCCCACUGCUUCACCCCCUGCAUACUCUCCAGUGUCCACCCCAGCAGCACCUCCAGGAAAGCCUAGCCAGAUGGCACUUUCACUCAACCCCACACUCUUAGAAGUGGAUAAUACCUGUCUUCGGCAAAGCAGUAAAGAUCUAUCCAAUGUGCUGACACAAAUCGACAUUCCGCAAGAAAUUGUACAGGGACGUUUGGAUGCAAUGGGAGAUAAACUUAAUGAAACUAUCUAUGGGGAAGAUUUGGAUAAAAUUGACAAGUCAGUGACUGAAAGGGAUUUAGAAGUAAAAAGUAGUAUCAGAGAUAACAAACAGUUUAGUGAAGUAAGAAUAUCAGAUUCCAAAAGUCAUGGGAAUAAUUUCCAAAGAUUGUUUGAACACAAUGCUGAUGAUGCUAAGGCUGAAAGGUCCAAGUCACAUUCUGAAGGGACUUCUAAUGCUACAUGUAGAGAAAGAGAAAUUUCACAGUCUAAAGCUCGACCGGACAGCUUAUUGAAAAAGCAAAGUGAUUUUAUCCAAGACCAAAUUUUGGAAUCUCCAUUACAAGAAAACAGAACUAUUCAUGAGUGUGAACAAAAAGAACAAGAAGUUCUUAUACCAUAUGAGGACAAAGUGCAAGAUGUAUUAAGUUCAAGAAAGGAAGAGAUGACAAUGAAUGAUCUAGUAGAGGCAUUCUCAGAAGGAAGGAUAACCUUUGAGGAUAUGUGUAAAUUUAGUACACAAGCAGUCAAGGAAGACACUAAUCCAGAAGGGAUCAUGUCAGAAAAGGAAGAUCCCAUGAUGGCCAUCCAGGCCUUAGAAAGAGAAGCAGAAGAGGCAGUGAAAGGACUUCAUGAAUCAAGACAAUUCAUGUCUAAAAUCAGUUCAUUAGUGCAAGUGGCAGGGGAGUUAGAGAGCCAGAAACAGCAGACAUAUUCAGUUAGUGAUGGUAAGAAGGCAUCAGAACAUAACCAGAUAUAUGUUCCUAGUAUGUCUGGAGAAUCCCCAAGAAAUAAAAAUCAUGAAUGGCAAACUACAAAGUCUUUGUUCCUAAAGACUGGCAAAAGUGACAUACUAUUAAAGUAUAUAGAAGAUAUGCACCCAAAUGACUUGAGAUUUGAAGUUAUAGAUGACAUAAUGAAGUAUACCGGGCUUGAGGAAGGACUUAAUCAAAUACCUACUUCCAAUACUUCUCGGCCCCUUUGUGAGACCUACACCCUAAAUGACACUCAGUUCAGCCUUCUGCAAUCCAAUGUGGUUAGGUCAUUUCCCAGAGUCGACAUCAAUAGCCAGUGUUCUAAUGAUGGUAUCAGCCUUGCCAAAAGUCACUGAAGAGCCAGUGCUACAUCUUGAUCUCACUAGUCUCAGAUCUGACUCCAGUAAUGGUUAUCACAACUUGCCGAAAUAUAGUGAUAAGAAACAAAAUUCUCCAAAAUUAACCUGUGAUACUGAAGUUCUUGAGAAACGUGAAAGUAUCAGGAGAUGGAUGAGGGAGCAGCGG